AUGAAAGGAUUCAGGCAGAGAGUGCACGAACAGCUUUCUCGGGCCAAAGACUCGAACAAAUCGUCGAAAAAGCGAGAUUCGUCAAAUAACUCAUCGUCCAGCUCGGCGUCUUCCGCCAGCCAGUCCCACCAUGCCCAGUCCUCUGCGAGCCCGAACCAUCUCACACCGAACUCGUCCACAACUUCGGUAAAUGAAAUCCGGGGAAAACAGGCCCCUCAAGCAGACAAUGCAUCAGCGGGAGGGAUCAAUGCUGCUGCCGUCCAUCACAAUGCGCAGGGCGCGGUUAAUCCUGCUCCAGCCGGACAGCACUAUAUACCUCAGAACCAGGCCAGUGCGGGUUCCCAUGCCGCUGGCCAGGCGGCCAACAACAACAAUAACAAUAACAACGUCCCUGCGACGCCCACUAGACAAGGACUGCAGCCUGCUCCCCCUAGUGUAGUCAUCAGUCCGAGUGGACCGCAUGUCCCUCCUCCUGGCGCCGCUGAGACUAUGCCUGGGGAUCUCGCCCCGCCCAAAAAAUCACAUGCCUUUGACAGAUUGCAGUCGACCCCGAAGGACAUGUCCGAGGGUAUUAGGACACCGAAGCGACAGCAUUCUUCAAGGUUUGACGUUUCAGACCAACGGCAUCGGGAAUUGGAGAAGCUGCCCGGUUUCCACGAAGUUCCCCCGCACCGCCGUCAAGAACUCUUCAUGCAGAAGAUUGACCAAUGCAACAUCAUUUUUGACUUCAAUGACCCGACUGCCGAUAUGAAGUCCAAGGAAAUCAAGCGGUUGGCGCUGCACGAGCUCCUCGAUUAUGUAGCCAACAAUCGUUCCGUCAUCACCGAGCCGAUGUAUCCUCGUGUUGUCGAGAUGUUUGCUAAGAAUCUAUUCCGUCCAAUUCCACCGCCAACCACGCCGCAAGGAGAGGCCUUUGACCCGGAAGAGGACGAACCGGUUUUGGAAGUGGCAUGGCCUCAUAUCCAGGUUGUCUACGAGUUCUUCCUCAGGUUUAUUGAGAGCCAGGACUUCAACACCAACAUUGCGAAACAGUAUAUCGAUCAUCAAUUUGUCCUUCAGUUACUCGAACUAUUUGACUCGGAAGAUCCCAGAGAGCGCGACUUUCUCAAGACAACAUUACAUCGCAUCUACGGCAAGUUUCUUAAUCUGCGGUCGUACAUACGUCGUUCGAUAAACAAUGUCUUUUUCCAAUUUAUCUAUGAAACCGAACGCUUUAACGGAAUCGCAGAAUUGCUGGAAAUUCUGGGAUCUAUUAUCAACGGAUUUGCUUUACCUUUGAAGGAAGAACACAAGCUGUUUUUGACUCGAGUUUUGAUUCCGCUCCACAAAGUGAAGUGCUUGAGCAUGUAUCAUCCGCAGCUGGCCUACUGCAUUGUCCAAUUCCUGGAGAAAGAUUCUGCACUGACCGAAGAGGUGAAUAGCACCAAAGAGGUCAUGUUUUUGAAUGAAGUCGAGGACAUCUUUGAGGUGAUGGACCCGGCAGAAUUUGUCAAGGUCCAGGAGCCUCUCUUUCAACAGCUAGCGAAAUCAGUCGCCAGUCCCCAUUUUCAGGUCGCAGAGCGUGCCUUGUAUUUCUGGAACAACGAAUACUUUUGUAACCUGGUUAGCGACAAUGUUGAGACGAUUUUACCCAUUAUGUUUGCUCCGCUUUAUGAGAACUCUAAGGGUCACUGGAAUAGAACCAUCCAUAGCAUGGUGUACAAUGCGAUGAAACUGUUCAUGGAAAUUAACCCUCAAUUAUUCGACGACUGCUCGCAAGCGUAUAAUGAACGGAUGAACAAUGCUGAACAGCGUGAAAAGGCGCGACGUGACAAAUGGAAAUUGUUGGAAGAACAAGCCGAGAAGCGGAAGAAAGGGCUCCUUCCUAGCUCUAGCUCUCAGUCAGGCUCGAGUUCUAACGCGAGUUCCAAUGGGAACUCCAGCGCCCCCGCGGACGGUGUCAUUGGUCGCGUUGAUGAAGUCGACUCACUCACGCAAGACAGUCAGAAGAGGCUGAACGCUCUCAAGCUGCAGGAUGAGGCGAGCCCCGUCAAAGAGCGGAGACUGCGCGAAUUAGAAAGCCAGAAUUCGGUUAGUACCUCAUGA